CCCACCCACACACACUGCUAGAAGCACAUCUACAUAUACAUACAGAAGAUGAUGAUGCUAGUGAAAAUUGUAAAAGCAUGGCUUAAAAAAAGGAGACAUACAAAUGUUGCAAGAUGGUUAAGUUGUGAAAACUUGUGCCCAUUGACAAUCAGAAGGACAUCAUCAUCAUGCAUGCAUGAUGAUGAUGAUGGUGAUGAUGAAGACGACAUUCCAAGGGAUGUCCCAAAGGGUCAUUUAGCAGUCUAUGUAGGUGAAAACCAAAGCAGGUUCGUUAUCAAUGUGAAGUUACUAAAAUACCCUUUGUUCAACGCAUUGUUGGAUCAAGCUCAAGAAGAAUACGAGUUUACUGCUGGUUGCAGACUCUAUAUCCCUUGCCAUGAGGAUGUUUUCCUCAGCGUUGUUCGAUGUGCUGCAAUACCAAAGGAUCGAAGAUUCACCUUCUGCCUUUAAAAUGUUGAGGGAUUUUUUUAUUUUUAUUUAAGAUAUAUAUAUUAGUGUAAAAAUACAGCCACUGCCGUGUCUUUAGUUUAAAAGACAUGAUUGUUGUGCUAUCAUUUUUGUUUUUGUUUUUUUUUUAUCAUGUAAUUUUCAGUUUUAUAAAAACGUAGGUGAUGACUUACGUAUCAAGAUGGAUUACAAGAAGUGACACGUUCAGGAUCUUUUUCCUACAUUGUCACUUUCUUUGGUGUUCGGAUUUUUAACAACCCAAACCAGGUUUUCAUUAAGUUCGAUAUAGGUUUCUAGAAC